AUGAAUGGCCUCCAAGUUGAGCACAACGGGAAAUGGCUCACUGUCGAUGGCCCUACCAACUGUUUCUUUGUUAACCUUGCUGACCAGAUGCAGAUUCUUACUAACGGCAAAUACAAGAGUGUGAUGCAUCGGGCCACCUUGAACAACAAAGCUACACGAAUCUCUAUCGCCAUACCACAUGGACCAUCUGUGGAUACAAUUAUUGCCCCAGCUCCAGAGUUAAUGGAAAAAGAAGGUGAAGCUCCUAAAUACCUUGCAAUGAACUAUAAGGAAUAUAUAAAACUUCAACGAAGUGGCAAGAUCUACAUGAAGUAUACCUUUGAUCACAUACGAGCCUAA